CAAGAAGUAAAUCGAUUUGGUUGUGGACAGGGAGGUUCAUGAACACCAGCAAGGAACAGGUUUGAUUGCAAACGGAGAGAUUAUCAAAGAGUAACGGGGAACAGGUUUGAUUAUAAACAGGGAGACCAUCAAAUAUUAGCAAGGAAUAGGUCUGAUUAUUAGCUAGGAGAUUGUCAAAGAGUAGCACGCAUAAACAGGAAUACCUCCAAGGAUUGGUUACGAACAAACCUGCCCGUGAACAAAAGGCGUGCGAAUAACAAAAACAGAGUGUGUUUGAUGAGGAGUGUUGCCAUGCAACGUGAUGCAUGCGCAUAAAAAAGCACCGUAAUCGAUGCAACUGCCGUGUAGAGUCCUACAAAACCAUCAAAGUGCAAUAUUUUGUGACAGCAUCCUGUCACACGAUCAAAACACGAUUGCUUUGCAUGUUACCUACCAUAAACAGCUUAUCCCUGAUGAACUCAGUACACAGCGCACAAUUAACGCAACACUUUCACGUAUUUAUGCGCAUCAUAUUACUUUUGUACCACGAUUUGCCCAACAACUGUUCCGUGCUCCACAUCUUUUCCGCUAUUUUUACGCCAAUAACAUAAAAAUGAUAGCCUCAGCCUUACGCACCCCGCUGUUUGUGCACACCCCAGCUGCGAUGGAACAGCGGAGUGCCCGUAGUGCUCUGCAUAAAUACCACGCUCAUGUUUGUGCAUAUUACCUUAUUUUCUGUUCAGAUCCAUUAAUGCAAAAUAGAGAGCAGCAAUGCUUUUUUAGAAAUAUUAAAAAUAAAGCGCACCUCGAACGAUUUUGAUUAUGUGUGCGCACUUCGUGUGCACGAGGAUAGCCUAUCAUUUCUGAUUCGCCUUGUGAAUCAGAAACGGGUUGUUUGUUGAUCUGUCAUCAUCCUUGUUUAUGGCUCAGGUAUGAGAUACAUCAGUGCGUGUGCCAAGUGCAUCUGCAACCAUGUGCCUGUCAGGUGUAUCGCGGCCAAAGCGAUCGGUGAACGAUGCGCCAAACGGGAUAGGCCUGCAAAUGAGCGAUCUUCGAAGAUACGAAAGGUUCGUAAAAUUUAAAAAAUUUUUAAUGCAUAAACGGAUAAAAAUAAAUAAAAACGGAAUUAGUCAAAGGAGUAAAACAAAACGAAGCGUAAAUAUGAAGAGCACAACAAUGCGUUAUUUUGCCGGUUAAGAAGCGUGUUCCGUGUUUAAAAGCAUUCAAAAUGUUGUUAUGUAUGAUUUGGUGCUGAUAACGCUCUUACGCGGCUUUCGCCGUCCUGUGGAGCAAUUGAUUUAGUAUUGCUGUAAAAAUUGGGUGUAGCUCAUCAAUUUUGUUCUUACGGGUAAGAACUGCGCUAUUCCACAAAUUAAUGUGCUCUGCGGUGUCUUACGCCCCAAUUGUCCAGGCAGUGGAUUACAUUGCUCUGUAAGUUAACGCAUGCUCCAUGGUAUUUUUCCUUCCGUGCCAACAAAACACUCGCAACACAAAUUCAAAUCAUCAUGCAGUGCAUCUCCCAUUAUUCAUACGUCUGCUGCAAUCAGCAUGAACCUCCCAUCGCAACAGUUCCACGAUCACUCACACGUCCAUAAAAAGAAUGCCACCAACAAAAUGAUCGCCACACCACACCCACCAGCAAAACUACAUCAACCAGCUUAGCACCACUGCAAAAUAUGCGUGGCACACCACGAAGAACAGCAAUGAGCAUAAACCAACGAGUAUCAUUCUAAAAUAGGCACAGCUACAUGAACUAAACAUUCGCACGAUUGCACAUUUCAUGUGCAUGUAUACCCCGUACUCUCUCCCGUGGUACGGGCAGCCG